AUGAACAAUAUUCCAACAACAGAACUAAAGAAAAAAAUUAAGUCUUUGUCGGGUGGCUACAGAAGAGAACGAUUCAGAGAAAAACAGAGUCGUAUUACCGGAUCAGGUGCUGAAGAUACUUACAAAUCAAAAUGGUUUGCUUACGAUGAGUUUGCUUUCAUGGCGGAUAAGAAUGACCCCGGGACAGCAAGGGAUACACCACAACAGGAAGAAAGUAAUAGCACCACUGGUAGCGGAGAACAUGCUAUCAAUGAAAAUGCUCUAGAAAACGUAGACAAUCACACAACUGAGAAUGUUAGUAAUCAAAUGCAAGAUAUGAAUGAAUGA